AGGGAAAGAGUUUUCAUUUCUUUAUUCUCCUUGGCCAAUAUGGCGAACGAAACUUUCCGAUUUGGACAGCAUAUAAUUAUCAAAGCUUCAGUUGUAUUUUUUCGCUCUAAAUUAUCAAUAGGCUUCGUAAAUAUAAAGCCAAUCGUUCAGGGUCAUGUUUUAUUGGCGCCAUCACGAAUCGUUGAAAGAUUUCGAGAUUUAACUCCAGAUGAAGUAAGCGACCUAUUUUUGUCGACGCAGCAAAUUUCAAGCGUUAUCGAACGAGAGUUUGGUGCUACCUCGUUAACAGUUGCUUUGCAAGACGGACCAGAAGCGGGUCAAACCGUACCACACGUUCACGUUCAUGUAAUACCCCGUAAGAAAGGAGAUUUCCAGAAAAAUGAUGACAUCUACAAUGUACUUCAAAACCACGAUAAAGAUAGCAACUUACUGGAUGACAUGGAUGGGACAAGAAAAUUACGAAGUGAAGAAGAAAUGACUGUAGAAGCUAGAUGGUUGGCAAAAUUCUUUGAAUGAUUGUAUUUAGUCAAAAAUUGCGUGUGUAGUUUUCAAAACACAUUUUUUUGCCCAAUAUACAGAUUAAACUUUGACCCCCCCCUAAAUUCCAAAACCCAGAAUGCAUUGGCAGCAAUGUCCUUUUCACAUUUUCCUACUCUUUAGUGAGUUCAAUUUUUUUGGACAGACGUCUGUUCCUGUUUGAUGGCUUUUUGCACCCGCUACAAAAACACUGAUGUGAUUAUUCUACUGCUAAAAUGUCUCAUUACGCGUAUAUGCAUUAUGUACAAAUACAUCGUGGAUAUUUGUUAAAGAGUUUAAAGGAUUUAAAAAUCCUUCAUGAAAAUGUAAUUAUUGAAGCCAUAGAGGGACACUGACUUCUUUCCUUCACGUUUUUCGAAAUAGAGAAAUUUCACAUGAUUA